AUGCAGGAAUGUGGGAAAGGGCACCUGAAAGGGAAGAAACGAGCGGAGGUGCGCAUAAUUCUCGUUAAGACCACGAAGAAGGAUGAGGACGAGGGUCUCGUCGGAGAUGGGCUUGCCGACGUCGCCGAGGGAGUCGGCGAGGGCCUUCAGCUUGGCGCAGUAGUCGCUGAUGGAGAGAUCCCCCUAUGGGGUGUUGCGGAAGUCGGCCUCCAGCUGAAUGGCGUGGUGCUUCUUGUUGUCGCGGAAGAGGUUCUCAAUGGCGUCCCAGAUGAUGCGCGCCGUGGCGCCCGGGCGCAUGACGAUGCCGAGGAGGUCGAUGGAGACGGAGCCAUAUAUCCAGGAGAGGACGGUGUAGUCGUCGCGGCCCCAGGGGAGUUCGGGCCAGUGACGGAGGGGGUGCUCUUGCCAAUGACGUGGGCGGUGAGACCUUUCAUCGCGCCGCCCGGCCCCAAAUCCCGACCUCCUUCUUCCCGGCCACCGGCCCAAAUCCUGCCCCACCUUCUUCCCCGGUGGCCGGCCCAAAUCCCGCCCACCUUCUUCCUCGGCGGCAGCCUCAUCCCACCGCCAGCCUCCUUCCCCGGCCGUAGAUCCCCACCACCCGCACCCGGCAAAACCGAGGCGCCCAUCCCCGCUCUCGAAUCCCACCUCCACCGGCGCCGGGAGCUCCACACCACCCAGGCGCCGCCUCCCGUGAAACUACCAGCCCGGCGGCGCCCCUCCUCCCAGCUCGCGCGCCGGCCAUCUCCUGGGCGGAGCGAAGUGGGAGCCAAGACAGUCGAGCCACGUCUCCUCUUCCUCUCUCGCGGCUCUUCCCCCAAAUCCAGCGAGCUCCCCGUCAGAAUUCGUCGCCGGAUCGAGCCAGGAGCUCGGGGAGCACAAGGUCAUUCUCGAUUUGUUGCCGUGUUGGUGGAGUCCAGGAGAAGUUCAGAUGUGGGAGCCCACUGGUUGCCUCUGCGGGAGUUCACGAGUAAGAUGAGAAACAGCGAAAAUGUGUGGCGUUCCUGAGGAAGAAUGCAUGAAGCUACUCCUGCUGAACAAGCUACGGGCCGUGCAGGUAUUGCUAGUCGUUGAUUGAAACUGCUACUUGUGAAUCCAUAUUAUGUGUAUGUGUAGAUGGGUGAGCACUAGGACAUUCUC